GAAAGACAAAAGAGACUGAGCGCGGAUCAGAAUGCUGAACAGGUUCAUUGGUUUAUCGGCUACUAUUGCGGCUCGCAGCAGCCGCAGUGGCUUUCUGCCUGCGUCGCUUUUAAAAGCUGGGAAUCAAAACAAGACCAUGUCCACUGGUAAGGCUUUCAAGGUCCUGGUGACCCAUCCCGAGGUGCCACAGGAGGGCAUUGACCUGCUCAAGGAGAACUGCGAGGUGAUCCUGGUGAACAGUGUUCCCACCGAUCGGGCAGAGCUCCUGCAGAAGCUGCGUGGUGUUGAUGGUGUCCUGUGGGGUGGACAUGCUGCUCUCAAUGCCGAGGCUCUGGAUGCCGCUGGUCCUCAGCUGAAGUCCAUCUCCACCAUGUCCGCUGGCAUUGAUUAUGUGGAUGUGCCGGAGCUGAAGAAGCGAAAGAUUCCAUUGGGACACACUCCCACAGUUCUCAACACGGCUGUCGCCGAUCUGGCAGUGGGUCUCGUUAUUGCCGCCAGUCGUCGUUUCCACGAGGGACGCAAGAAGAUCGACAAUGACCAGUGGGAGAACUACCACUUGAACUGGCUUCUCGGCCAGGACAUUCGUGACUCCACCGUGGGAUUCUAUGGCUUUGGCGGAAUCGGCCAGGCUAUUGCCAAGCGUCUUGGCGGUUUCGACAUCGAUCGCGUCCUGUACACCACCCGCCGUCGCGUUGCCAAGGACAUUGAGGAGGAGUACAAUGCCAAGAAGGUCGACUUUGAUACUCUCCUAGCUGAAAGUGACUUUAUUGUUAUUGCCUCCCCCCUGACCAAGGAUACAGAGGGAGUGUUCAAUGCCACCGCCUUCAACAAGAUGAAGGAGACCGCCGUCCUGGUCAACAUUGCCAGAGGAAAAAUCGUCAACCAGAAUGACCUUUAUGAGGCCUUGAAGUGCAACCGAAUCUUUGCCGCCGGCCUGGACGUCACGGAUCCGGAACCGCUGUCACCCACAGACAAGCUGCUGACACUCGACAAUGCUGUUAUCCUGCCCCACAUUGGAUCUGCCACGAAGCGAACCCGCGCCGACAUGGCCACCAUUGCCGCCCACAAUGUUCUCCGCGGCCUGGCCGGGGAGCCCAUGCUGUCGCCCGCCUACUAGGAAACUCUGAAUCAAAUUCCAAUGGAAAUUUGUGUGGGAAACCAGACCAGCCAGGUGUGAAAGGCCACCAGUGGCCUUGCCAUGUUUGUAAAUGUGAAAAUAAAAAAUAUAAUUACAAUAGAAACCACUUAA